UUGCCACGUAGCGCCACGCGUUAACCCCCGGUGAUCCAUCUGGAAUCCCAGAGACCCAUAAGGGAGGCAUCAAAUCCAAGCUGAAAGGCCCACGACCUGAAGCAGCGAUCGAAUCAAAGAAAGCUGAAAAUGGCGGAUGUAAGAGGAGGGUGCGACGCCGGAUGCGGCUGCCCGGUGCCAUGCCCAGGCGGGGUGGAUUGCAAGUGCUCGACGACUGGGGCGUCUGCGGCAGACCACAGCACCUGCCCCUGCGGGGAGCACUGCGGCUGCAACCCCUGCACCUGCCCCAGGGGGGAAGUCACGGGCACCGGCAAGCUUUAUUGCAAGUGCGCGGACGGCUGCACCUGUGUCAAGUGUACUGCCUGAGCCCUGAGGGGUGGUCUGAAGAUUUUGAUGUCUGGGUCGUGUAGUUCUAGAAAAACCCUUGAGCCCCAUCAUUUUCUUUGAUGAUGGGGGUGGGGAAGCUUUAGGUUUCUUGUCUUAUAAAUAAAAGUUGGUCAAGUUUGGUGCA